ACAAUACAUCGCCAUCAGGACCGCCGAUUGCUAAGCAGACUGAAUUAUUUCCCUUAACACAACAUGAAUUAUCUUUCCUUGAUUCUCCUUAUCUCUCAGUCUUCAAAUGGAUCUUUUCGGAGAUUUACCGGAGCCAGGUCACCAGUCCAACUCAGUGGAAAAUAAAGAAUGCAACAAUGAAGAGAAACAAACUAAAACAACAAAUGGUGCAGCGACAAAAAGGAAAGCCACACACUCAUCUGCAGAUGAAGUGUCUGCAACUGCAGCUAAACAAAGACAAUCAAUUAAUUAUUAUUUAAAAGGUUAUGUAAGAGAAAUGAAAGGAGAAAGAGAUGAAAUGCAAGAUGCACAUAUUGUACUUGACGGUUUUGCUACUGAGUUUGAUGAUCUACAUCCAUCUGUUUGCAGACUGGCAGUGUAUGGUGUGUUUGAUGGCCAUGGUGGAUCCCGAGCCGCAUGCUUUGCCUCCAAACACUUAUACAAGAAUCUGAGAACAGUUUUUCCCAAGGGUGACAUUAAACAAGUGGAAAAGGAAAUUAAAAGAUCUUUUAUUGAAGCCUACAAACAGACAGACAGAGAUUAUCUGACAGUUGCUGCUAAAAAUAAACCAGCAUGGAAAGAUGGCUCCACUGCAACAGUUGUAUUAGCAAUAAAUGAUACCUUGUACAUAUCCAACUUAGGAGACAGCAAGGCAAUAUUAUGUCGAUACAAAGAAAAUACUCAACAGUAUGUAGCAGUACCACUAACUACUGAACACCACCCUACUGUUUAUGAAGAAAGAAUGCGAAUUCAAAAGGCUGGAGGCCAUGUUAAAGAUGGUCGUGUGAUGGGUACUCUAGAGAUCUCUCGCUCCCUAGGAGAUGGACAAUAUAAGAAUCAUGGUGUCAUCUGUGUACCUGAUGUUAGGAAAUGCCAGCUAACUGACAAUGAUCGAUUUUUUAUCAUUGCUUGUGAUGGACUUUGGAAAUCUUUAACUCCUGAAGAAUGUAUCCAGUUUGUUUGCAAUGUUUUAGAGGAUAAAUCAAUUGAAGGCAAUGGCACCAAAGGUGCAGAAGAAAUGCGCUAUGAAGCAGCUUGCCAGAGGCUUGUCAAUGAAGCUAUCCUGCGACUCACUGCUGAUAACGUCACGGUAGUUUUGGUAUCCAUCUCUCAUUUCACUAAGUUUAAUUCUAAUUUCUGUUGUCCCUGAUUAUUAAAAUAAUUUUAUUAACAA